GUAGUACUAAGUCACGGAAGCAAGUGAAAAGUUCAGUCUUACACGAUUGGCGUCUUGUGACCGGACUUUUUCUUAGAAGGGUGGGGUGGCCCAAAAUAUUUUAAAGGUGGCAACGGUGACAUUUCUUUGUGAUGGUGGUAAAUUGAGAGCCAUUCAAGUGAAGAUUAAGAUUUUACAGAAUCCUACGGAUCCGGAACCACUCCCUCUCGUCUCCCCAGUGUGUCUACAUCAGUCUCCUGUGAGUUACUUGCUUGUGAGUCGGUUCUGGACCAAUCAACCUAUUCUUGGCGCCCCGCUAAGAUUAAUUCCGGACGUGCAAAGCUGAGGACUAGUUGCUGAGGCUUUCUAAGAGGAACCUUUUUUAUUUUCAGGGGAAGACGGCAUGGGAGGAGGUCAUUCCAAACCUGAAUGCAACAACAACAAACAAAGCACCAACACAGUAGCCCCAACACCUCCGUUCUCCUUCUGGGAGCGCACCAACAUACAGUAUUUGCUCUUGGCCUUUUUUGCCGGGGUCCUGCUCACGCUGCUGCUGUUGGCCCUUAUCUUCUUCGUCAUAAAGAGCUACAGGAAACGUCACUCUAGUCCCUGCGCCCUGGAUCCUCCCUUCGAUCCUCACUCUGGCCAAGAUCCUCCGGCCAAGCUUUCAUCCCCAGAGGAAGCACUCACCUAUGCUAGCAUGACUUUCCAAAUCGCAGAAAAGAAUCAUCACCUGACUGAGAAACAUUCUGCAGGCUUGGAUCCAGUUGUCUACUCUCAGAUCAAAGUGACAAACUCACCCGACCUUUCCAGUGAGGCUUGACGCCAGUCCCUCUUAUCUCAGCUCCGUCUUUAUAUAUCACUUUCCCUUUGGACAAAUUUGGGACCACAGCCUGACCAGACUACAGUUGGAGUUGUUGGGGUGUGAUCUGGCCAUGUUAGCCAGCAUGUUUGAAGACCAAGGGCCCAUCUUUCCCUUGGCCUGAGAAAAGAUUGCUGGCCCGGCCACUUGAACGGACAGUCUGAUAGCCCCUCAAGGGCUGAGACUGCCUCGCUUGUCCCCUUUCAACGAGUGUGGUAGUACAGAGCUCAGGGCACAAAGAAUGUUCACUCAGGGCCACUGAUCAGUUUGGGAGAAGUCAACCAACUGGGCAAGUUAGCAAGAAUUACAAAUAAAAGCAAACCCCCUGCAAAGCCGGC